CCACAAAACCCUCCAUCUUCCCCCUUCCCUUCCCCUUGAAAAAUUCACUACACAUACUCCCUCUCUCUCUCUCUUCAAUUGCCUUUGUAACCACUGUAGCAGGAUUCACUCGACUUUCACCAAAGAACCAUGACUUCUUACGCUCUUUCCCAGGCUCACAAGGAGCUCAUUGAGGUUCCGCUCCGUGCAAGUGACCCAGAAGUCCAAAACAUUAUGGACCUGGAAAUCAAGCGUCAACGUGAAUCGAUUCUUCUCAUUGCCUCUGAGAACGUCACUUCUCGUGCAGUUUAUGAUGCUCUAGGAUCACCCAUGUCCAACAAAUACUCCGAGGGAUACCCGGGAGCCCGUUACUACGGAGGGAAUGAGCACAUUGACUCCAUUGAGUUGCUUUGCCAGAAGCGCGCUCUGCAGGCAUUCCACGUCGACUCCGAGAAGUGGGGAGUCAAUGUCCAGUGCUUGUCCGGAUCGCCUGCCAACUUGCAGGUUUACCAGGCUAUCAUGAAGCCCCAUGACAGACUUAUGGGAUUGGACUUGCCUCAUGGAGGGCAUUUGAGCCAUGGAUACCAAACAGACAAGAAGAAGAUUUCCGCUGUUUCAACUUACUUCGAAACAAUGCCGUACCGUGUCGACACCGAGACCGGUAUCAUUGACUAUGAUAUGCUUCAGAAGACCGCCCUUCUUUACCGACCCAAGACCUUAGUUGCUGGCACAUCAGCUUACUGCCGUAACAUUGACUACGGUCGUAUGCGGCAGAUCGCUGACUCUGUCGGUGCCUACUUGGUUGUUGAUAUGGCUCAUAUCUCUGGAUUGAUCGCCGCCCAGGUCAUUCCUAGUCCAUUCGAGCAUGCCGACAUCGUUACCACCACUACUCACAAAUCACUUCGUGGGCCCAGGGGUGCAAUGAUCUUUUUCCGCAAGGGUGUUAGAAAGGUCGAGAAGGGCAAGGAGAUAAUGUACGAUCUCGAAGGGCCAAUCAACUUUAGCGUUUUCCCCGGUCAUCAGGGUGGGCCUCACAAUCACACUAUCACCGCCCUCGCUGUUGCCCUCAAACAGACCUUCUCCCCAGAGUACGUUCACUACCAGGAGCAGGUUGUCGCCAACGCUAAGGUUCUUGAGGAGGAGUUCAAGCGCAUGGGUUACAACCUCGUAUCCGGCGGAACCGAUUGCCACAUGGUCCUUCUUGACCUCCGCCCCCAGGCUCUCGAUGGUGCCCGUCUUGAGGCUAUCUUGGAAGCCGUGAAUAUUGCUUGCAACAAGAAUGCCACUCCCGGUGACAAGUCCGCCCUGUCACCCAAUGGUAUCCGCAUCGGUACCCCGGCUAUGACCACCAGAGGUUUUGGUGGUGUGGAGUUCAAGAGAGUCGCUGGCUACUUUGAUUACUUGAUCAAAUUGGCCAAGAAAAUCCAGAGCGAGUUGCCAAAGGAGGCCAACAGGCAGAAGGACUUCAGGGCCCACGUCUUGAGCGGAAAGGUACCCGAGUUGCAGGCACUCAGGAAAGAGAUUUCCGAAUGGGCUUCUACUUUCCCUCUACCCAUCGGACCGGCCUCUUAAAGGGUUGUUUGUUUCCUCAUAGCUGCAUUUCCUUUGUUCGGUGUUUUUGUGUUUUUAUAUCGGUAUUCUUUUUUUUUUCCUCCUCAUUGGUGUGAACUGGACGAAACAAAUGGGUCAUAAAAAAAGUGUCUUCAACAUCACAUGGAUUUAUAGGAUGGGACGGAUUCUCUCCACCAUUGGAUCCGUUAGCUCAACGCUAGGCCAUCUCUUUAAAUACCAAUAAAAAUAAAUACCAAUCAUCUCAAAA